AUGAGCAGUGGCCCUCCUCGACCGACCGCGAACACUUCUGCGACCUGGCAGGACCAUGAACAAUAUCCCAGCAUGAACCGUGGACAGUUGAACAGCACCUCUUCUUCUCAGGGACCAGUACCCAUGAUGCAGGGACAUAACCGACCGCGCAAUGGCCUGGGCGCCAAUGGGGAUAAGGCAGUGCCUGUCCCAGGAACAACACCCUUUGGAAAUGGCGUGGAUCGACGAGGCAGUCUAGGAUCCGGUCCGGCGCUGUUCGACAUGGCGCGGAGUCCUCCCAAUGCUUCGAACAAGAACACCAAGCAUGUGCCGUGUAAAUUCUUCCGGCAAGGCGCUUGCCAGGCAGGCAAUGCCUGUCCCUUUUCACAUUCUCUCGACCCGAUGACCCAACAGGCACCGUGUAAAUACUUCAUGAAGGGAAACUGCAAGUUCGGAGCCAAAUGUGCCCUGGCGCAUUAUCUCCCAGACGGACGACGGGUCAAUCGAGCUGAUUUGGACGUCGGGAUGGCCAUGUCAGGCCGCAAUUUCAACUAUUCGAGUCGAGCGGAACAACCGGCGUUCCCCAACCCAGAUUCCUCCUUGGGCGAUCCUCUGGUCAAUCAACAGCCCUAUGGUCCUGACUAUUUCCCAAAUCAAUCCUUUCCUCUCAUAGAUCCGGACGAGCCAGAUGCAUACCCAGACCGGUACAACCAAUACCAAAACCAUUCUGCUCUCGACUCCGGACUCAACUCGCCCCCGACCUCACAAUUCGGCUCACCUCCUAACGACUACCAGUACCCCAAAUCCCCGGUUGAUAAUCUGCGAACUGCUCUCAACGCACCGCUACCGCAGUCUUUCGAUGCUAACGGCAUGUCACGCAUAGCCAAAUAUGGCCCGCUUGGUCAAUCUGUCCCCGAUAAAUUCGGAAUGCGGUCUCCUACCUCUUCUUCUUCUCUUUCCAGACAGCUGGGAAGUCCCCCUGACUCCAUUGUGAACGUCCGAAACGCCAACCUCGGCUCGAACCUAAGAAACGCCUCUCCUCUUGGGCUUUCACCCCAAAAUGCUGAGGAGUCUAUCGGUCAGCGGAUAAUGCACUCCCAGAGACCCAUCAAAGUAAGAGGUCUUUCGGCUAGUGUGCCGCGCUCGAACCUACUUUAUGAAUGGGAAGAAGGCUUGGGAGCUGAAACAGACCUUCUACCCAACAGCCUGCACGACGAAGUUUUGACCCCGCAGGAGAAGAUGCGGCGCAUGUCGAGGCCAGACCAGGAUCUAGGUUCUAGAGAGCAUGGUAGUGGACUGGCCAUACCGAGCGGAACAUCCAGUAAAGUCGGCUCUCCGCCAGCCGGAAGUCCGUCCCGGUUCAGUGCGCUAUGGGCCGAGCAACGGGAGAAAAAGGCGGCAGAAAACGUCGGGCCGGUCAGUAUAGGUCAUGUGGGCUCGCCUCUCCGUGGAUCGUGGAUGCCGAACGGAGGAACAGGGCCAAGUGUGCAGGUUUCUGGCAUCUCCCAGGCCAUGGCGCGGAUGCAGCUGAAUCGAGCCGAUUCUGGCGAAUCCAACGGAACAAGGCCGCAGGUCAGUGGUUUGAGGCAUUCAUCUGCGCCCAUUGCUCGUUUCGAUCGUGGCAUCUCCAGUCCAGGCUUCAGCUCCAAGAAGAUUGACGAGGAGGUCGAAGGUGUCUUCUUCCCGAUGGACGGCGAUGACAGGACUCCCAAUUGGACAGCCCAAGCACAAGCGCUACCGCCGCUACGUGAAGACCCGAAUGGAGACACCCCCGGCAGCAAGGUCGAGACCAUGGCUACCACGCAGAACGGCGUCGAAUCAAUGUGGGCAUUUCGCGCAUGA